CAGAGAGGAGCACCGCUAUGUUCAACAGAUCUUCAGCACUCUUGUUGAGGGUUUCAAGGCCCAUUUGUCAGAAGUUGGUGCUUGCGUGCCCCAGCAAACAUGCCUCUCCAUCCCUCUUACUGAGCAGCUUCAUAUAGAGGUUUUGAGCUGCUUUUUAGUACAAGAUGCCAAGUUAGAAGCUCAAGCUCAAUUCCAACUGGAGGCCUUACAGAGGUGCAUGAGAGACCAAACCGUACACUUGAGUCACCAUGAAGAAAUGAGCCAGCUUCUCAAAAAUGCUGAUUCUCAAAUCUCUAAAUGCUCAAGUCAAAAACCCACUGAUCCUGAAUCAUGCCGAGAACAUCAGCUGAAAGUGAAGUUGCUCCAGACAGAGCUGAAGAAGCUGGCAGAAAGUCUAGAGGAGCUGAGGGAACAUUGUCCUGGUAGUCGCUGCAGUGCACCUGUGGAUCUGAUGCUGGGACAUCUGUGGAGGUGGUGGGCUGUGCUGAAGAACAGAGUGGAAGCACUUGAAGCCAGCACAUCCCAUAAAGAAGCAGAGUGGAGAGAUUUCAUGAUUCGGCUUAAUAAGUCAAAAGAAGGUCUUGACAGACUUCAGACUGAUCUCCCAGACUCGUCACUGCUGACGGGAUCACUUGUGGAUCUUCAGGGUUUUCUGAGCCUCACUGAGCACCUUCAGGACGGGAUUGAGCAGGAACAUCAAACUCUGGCAUCACUACAACAUCAUGUGACUCGGCUGCUCGGGGUCACAAAUCUGCAGCAGCUGAAAGAGUCUCCCCAAAUCUGUCAGGACCUGCAGUCUUUAUUGGGUCACUGCAGAAGUCUGAGAGAUCAGAGCAAUAGCAUCCGCAGAGAGCUGCUGUUCGAAAUGCAGGAGUUUGGUCGCGUUCAGGAGGAGAUGAGCUCCAUUCAACAGAAUCUUCUCUCUCUUCUGACUGUUUUACAGUCCGAAUCAGCUGCCGAACACCUACAGGAAGUCAAAGUGGAACUGGUGUCACAAAAGGCUCGACUGCAAGAUGUGAUGGAGCGAGUGAUGAAGAGAUGGAGAUCUGUGCCCUCGGAGAUUCACAUCUUACAGAAUGAGCUCAACGCCUCGCUGCAGGAGGCAAAGGACAAAUUGGCCAUGGUCAUGGAGAAAAGUGGUCCUCUUCGUAAAAUGGGAGAGCAGAUUGGAGAAGUGACGGUGGGCUUGUUAUGUGUUCAGGGUCUGUUGAAGCAAACAAGUCCUAAUUUUUCUGAGGCUGAACGUACACAAAAGCAAAUAUGGGAUGAGCUGGACCAGUGGCACACUCGGAUAGCUGAGCUGGAGGCUGAAGUUCAGGAUCUGGCAGAACAGCAGCCUGAGAGAGCACACAUCCUCAUGGACCAGCUCACACAGCCUCUGCAGCUCUACCAGACCACAGCCAAACAAGCAGAGCACAGAACAGCCCUCAUCAGCAAAAUCCCGGCCUGUCUGCAGGACUAUGAGGCCUUACUCAGUAGCACCAACAGCUGGUUGAAGGAGGCAGAGUCCUGGCUUCUCACACCUAGAAUCUACACCACUGCCAAAUGCAUCCAUGGCCACGCCAACUCACUUAAGAUGAUGUUGGACGAAUCAGAGGGCUACAGGGCAGCUCUGGAGACAUUCAUGCCUUCCCUUCAGGAAAUCAGUCCAGUGUUUGACACCUCCCCUCAAAAACAGCUGCUCAACCUGGGGAUGCAAAACAUCACCCUCAUGCAGCAAAGCGUUCUGGAACCUCUCUCUCACCUUCAGCACCUAGCAGCUGAGAUGGAUGCUAUUGAAGCAGAGGUAAAGACGAUGGAGAAAAAUGUAACUAAAAUCAGAACAAUCCUUUCAGCCUCUGACACUCAAAACAUCACUCCUGAGGAGCAUCUGGAAAAUAUACAGGUCAUUUUAGAUAAUGUCCAGUCCAUGAAGAGGACCAUCGAUGAGAUCGAGAGCUGCAGGCCAGGUCUGGGUCUUCCAGCAGGGGCAGAGCAAACUCUCACAGCCUUCAGCCACUCUCAAGAGCUCCUGCAGCCCAUCCAGGAGCUCCAGCAACUGAGUGUACAGCACAGCGCAGCGCUAAUGGCCUCUAUUGGACAGCCAGCUGAAUUGAUUCUUCCCUCAGACCAAACCUCAGAAGUGCUGAUGCCACAGCUUUACUCUGAAGAUGUGAAGCAGAUGUCUGUGGAUGGGCUUUACUCUGAGGAGGAAGAUGAAGACAGUCGGUCUUCAUCUUCAGGAACUCUCACAUGCAGUGUUCCAGAGGACCCCGAUGAAACAAUGGUGGAAGAAGAUAUUAAGUCAGAAUCUGCUUCAGCUCUAAAUGAGUGUGACUUUAAGGAAUCAACUACGGAAACAAAAAAAGAUUUCGUGACCAUCGAGCAAGAAUCACAGGACACCGAAAAUUGUUUACUGGAGUCUUCAGAACCCUCUGAAACAGACGGCAAACCAGAGACUGAAGAGACAAAUCGUCUGUCUGCACUAACAUCCCAACACUUAGAAGAAUUUACAAAUAAUAACAGUCUGAAACUUGACGCCUCAAAAAUAUCUGAGAAAAAUCUGAGCGAAUACUCAAAAACCAAGAUGCCUGAUACAAAUUCAGCCAAGCCAGGUAUAGACUCAGGAACCGAGAUACCUGAUACAGAAUCAGCCAAGCCAGGUAUAGACUCAGGAACCGAGAUACCUGAUACAGAAUCAGCCAAGCCAGGUAUAGACUCAGGAACCAACAUACUUGAUACAGAAUCUGCCAAGCCGAGUAUAGAUUCAGAAAUCACCAAGUUACAAAGUGAAGAUGAUAUUCAGAAGACGUCUGAAUCUGGGAACGAGAAAAAAAAACCUAUGAAUGCCGAACUGAGCACAACAGAUUCCGUUAAAACUGCAGUUUAUAAUGAAGGUUUAGUCAUGAAGACACCCGACUCUGAGCCAAUAAAUGUUACGAUUGGUGAUCAGACCCAGACAGAGACAAAACCUCUAGACGCCACCGUUCCUCUUGGCAUCACAGAAUCUGUGUCACAGGAAGAUGCAAUGCUGGAUUCACAGAGGGAUGUGAAUGAGACAGCAGUUUACCAGAGCAGCAGCCCAUCUCAGGAACACACACUUCAUCACACAGCAGCCGUCAGCAAGUCUGAAGAUCAGGAGAAAUUGGUCCAGCUUCUCACCUCAUUAAAGGAAACGUCACAGGAUAUCAGUUAUUCUGAGACUAGACAGCAUUUGUUGGAUAUUCCUGUGUCAGUGCUGAAUGCCAGUCACACUCAGACAGAAGACGCAACCAAACCCCUCAAGGACUUCUCAAGCACCAAGAAUGUGCAGGGCGACACCUGGAUGUUAGUUCUUGACCAGCAGAAAACAGCGGGACAAAAUAACGAGGAGAUUCAGAGUUGCUGUGAAGCUCUUCUGAAGGGUCUGCAGGGUCUGCUGGAUUUGGGUUCUGAGCGGCUACUGCGCAGUCAGGAUAAACCGCCGCACAACUACAGCCAACUACACAGUUUACUCUCAGGACACAAGAAAUACUUCCAAGAAAUGCGGCAGAAACUUAUGAUGGUGAAGCUGCUAUUUCAUAAGCUGCCAGAGGGGGCAGUGCAGGGUCAAGCAGAAGUUGAGGAGCUGAUAUCGGAUCUACUGCAUCGAGCACAGAGACAAGGGAUCCAAAUGCAGCAAAACUCUGAGGAGUGGUCUCAGUAUGAGGAGGUCUCUCACACACUACGCAGGCAGUUGGAUGAGCUGGAGACAGACAUGUCCAGUCUCAAUGUAGAGCCGGAGGGAGUCCUGCAGGGUCAGCUGUGGUCCUAUGAGAAGCUGCACAAGAUCCUUGAAGACACAAGUCCUCAGGUUUGGGAGAUUCAAGACCGCCUCAGGUCUCUACAGAAGCAGGGGUACUGUUGUGAACGGAAAUUCCAGACAUUCUCAAAGUCACCACUGUUGAUGCACUGGAAACAUCUUCAUAAUCAGCUACAGCAGAAGAUACAGUCUACACAGAAAAUCAGAAUGAGUUAUGAGAGGUUUCAGCGUGACUCAACAGAACUAGAGGAGUGGAUGAGAUGUGCUCAUGAAUAUCUUCAAAAGUGGAAGAGUUUCUCUGGUUCAGAUACGCCGGAGUCCAGAACGGCUUUUACCCAGCUUAUGGAGUUCUUCAAGGAUCUGGAGCUUCGUUCUGCACAGAAAGUGUCAGCAGAAUCCACAGGCACACAGAUCCUGCAGCUAACAGAAAGUGAAGCCCCAGGCCUGUGGACGCGACUAACUAAACUCCAGGAGGAAUGGACAAAACUAACCAGCGUGCUCCCCAGUCUUCAACAAACACAGCUAGAACUGUUGGAAGGCCAGUCAGACAGUCAGAUCUUGGCUGAUUUGUCUUCCUGGCUGCAGCAUAUAGAGAGACGACUGGAGGAUGAAAGCUCAGGGGUUCAUUGUGCUCUGGAUUCAUCAGAGCUCUCUAGACAUUUACAAGCUUUGAAGCAUGUUAAGGCUGAAAUAACCAAUCACCAGUCAUGUUUUGACUUUCUGAACUACCGGUGCAUGAAAGGGGCGGAGUCAGUGAAUGAACCCACAAAUCGCAGUGAGCGUAUCCUCUUAGCUGAGCAACUUGGAGCAUUCAAUUUAAGAUGGCUUGUUCUACAGGCCAAGAUUGACGGUGUGAUACAUGAUGUGGAGGACCAAUGGCAGGCCUGUGCAGACAGAGAAAAGCGAUUGCGCUGUAUACACAGCUGGAUUUCUGAGUGUAUGAAUUGGGUGAGGAACAGCUGGAGACCAGAGAGCUGCUUGCAGAUUGAACAAACAUUACAGGAGUGUAAGGAGACAGAGGAGCGGCUGCAGGUGAAGUUUUCUGAGCUGAAGGGUUUGGGAGCUCUUCAACUGUUCAGACAGCAGGAUGGAGAACAUCCUGGAGACCAAGCAUUCUCCAGCCAGGUCAAUUCAGCCAUAGAGGACUGCCAAACUUUAAGCCAAAAGAUAAAUGCUCUCAGGUCAGAUUUGCAGCCAAUCAAGGAUGAGUGGGUACAUGUUGAAUCUAAAAUGAGUUCAGCAGAACUGCAAACAACCGGGGUGAUCUACAGACUGGAGCUCUGCAGAGUCCCAGUGUUCUCAUCUGGGCAGAGCCGAGCUCAUGUGGAACAAAUACAAGAGCUUAAAAGGGAACUAAAUCAACCAGAGACCUGGACAGGCUUAACUGAGCUGCUUUCUAGCUUGAAAGAAAAACUCAAGCCUUUCGCUUUUAAACUUCUGUCUGAUCGCCUUGAGAAGGAGAGAAUCAGACAUCAUGCAGUGACUGAAGACAUUCAUGAAGAUUUACUAAAAGCCCAAAAUGCAUUGGAGCUCUGGUUGGAAUAUGAGCAUCUCACAGAAGAGUGUCGUGUUCUUUUGAAUCAGCAUUGGGAGAGGCUUGGAGAGCUUAUGAAUUCUUCAGACAGACAAGAAAACACUGUAGAAAUGCUCAACAGCAGGAUGCAGGGCAUUAGUGCUUUGGAAAAAGACAUGACAAACUUGCAAAACAAUGUGGGUAAAGUCAUGGAGGCCUCAAAGCUUCUCAUCGGUCAGAUGAAACCCCAGUCAGCUUCCCUAAUCAAAUCAAAAACCAGGCUGCUGUCGCGUGACCAUGUGCAUCUUGGCAAGGCACUUUCUGAGAUCAGGAGUCAAGUUCAGGAGGAGCUGGAGGAGCAGCGGCGCUUCAGCACUGAGCUGAAAUCAAUUGAGAAACAAGUAAAGAACUUUGAAAGCAUUAUGAGCUCUUCCACUACAAGCAUGGAGAGACUGAAGAUGGUUCUGUUAGAUCUGAGUGGGCUGAACCCUAACCUUGCUGCUCUGAAUCAAAGGAGUCUCAGAUGCUCUUUAAGCUCUGCAGAGGAAGAGAGGUUGCAGACCCUCGACACGCAGUGGGGUCAGGUGUUCUCUCAGGCUACAGAAAGACACAGGAAGAUGUAUGGAGAGCUGCUGCGUGAUCAGAACUUCCAGCAGAAGCGCCAGUGCUGGAUGGAGCUCCUGGACAAAAUGGAGACUGAUUUAUCCAAUCCGACAACUGGAAACUGUGCUUCUGUAAGAGAUCAGCUUGCUGCACAUCAGAGGCUGAAAGUGGAGUUCCUCAUCAGCCAGCCGCUACAGGAUGCCAUGAUCAAUGAGGCUUUACACUUCCUGGAAAGCAGUCAGAAUGUGGACAGGAGCUCAAUUCUCUUGAGCCUGACCCAGCUGAAGACACGCUGGCAGGAGAGCCAGCAGAGGCUCCGUCAACAUGAAACACGUUUGGAGGGGCUGAUGGGACAGUGGCAGCUGUAUGAAGCGGGUACAAGGAAACUUUCAAGAUUAUUUAGACACAUGGAAGAACUUCUUCCUCCAGCAGGCUUGGCACCAUGCAGCCUACAGCAACUCCAGUGCUCUAUAAAAGACUUUGAGUGGACUGAGGAACAGCUUCAGCUUCAUGAAGGCCUGUACAGGCAGACUGUGGAGGCUGGAGGACAUAUUAUUCCUCUAGCGGAUACGCAGAUGCAGAAGAGCCUGAAAACGCAACUGGAUGCCCUCAAGGAGACAUGGGAGCCAAGCAGUGACCUUGUGCAGAAAAGAAAGGCUCUUGCAUACACCAUAACUCAGAACUGGAAGCUCUGUGCGACUGGACUGGUUGAUAGUGCUCUUAAACUGGAUGAGAUAAAAGCAAGAUUGAAGGAUCCGCUGCCAGAGAAGAUUGAAGAUCUAAAGAAACAUGAACAGCUUACUAAGGAGGACGAGGACUUGCUGCAGAUUUGGAUUGUAGGACUGACAGAGUUGAGCACCAUGAAGGCAGACGUGUCCCAGUAUGUGCUGACCACGGACACUGCACUGCUGCAGGGACAGGUGGAGGAACUUCACUGCCAGUGGGAAGAGCUAUGCUUGAAGGUGUCACUUCGUAAACAGGAAAUUGCUGAUCGACUGAAUGCCUGGAUCAUCUUCAAUGAUAAAAACAAAGAGCUCUGUGAUUGGCUGACGCAGAUGGAAAAGAAGGUGGCACACAGAGGCGAAAACCUUAGCAUUGAGGAAAUGGUGGAGAAACUUAAAAAGGACUGCAUGGAGGAGAUUAACCACUUCAGCGAGAACAAAAGCCACCUCAAACAACUCGGCGAGCAGCUCCUGUUGGCCAGCGACAAAGCGAAGGAGACUGAGAUCCACGGAGCCCUACGAGAUGUCAAUGACCGCUGGCAGCAACUCUUUGAUCACAUUGAAGGCCGGGUGAAGAAGCUGACCGAGACUUUGGUGACAGUACAGCAGUUGGAUAAGAAUAUGAAUAACCUUCGUUCAUGGCUCACGCGCAUUGAGGCUGAGCUAUCCAAACCCAUUCACUACAGUAUCUGCCAUAGAGAAGAGAUUCAAAAGAGACUGGCAGAGCAACAGGAUCUGCAGCGUGAUAUUGAGCAGCACACAGAGAGGGUGGCGUCUGUGCUCACACUGUGUGAUGUGCUUCUCCAUGAUGAAGAUGCCUGCAGCAGUGAUGGAGAGAACGACUCCAUCCAGCAGACCACACAGCGUCUCGACCAGCGCUGGAGAAAUAUCUGCUCCAUGUCUCUGGAGAGGAGGCUGAGGAUUGAGGAGACGUGGAGACUGUGGUGUAAGUUUCAGGAGGAUUACUCUUGUUUUGAAGACUGGCUGAACUCCUCGGAGCGCACUGCUGCUGAACCCAAUUCAUCAGAUGUCUCGUACACUGAUGCCAAAGAGGAACUCCACAAAUAUGAGGUUUUCCAGAGGCGGGUACAUGAGAGUCUGACCCAGUUGGAGAUCAUUAAUAACCAGUACAGGCGACUGGCGUGGGAGAACCGCACUGAUGCAGCCAGCAGACUCAGAGCCAUGGUGCAUCAGGGUAACCAGCGCUGGGAUGCACUUCAGAGGAGAGUGGCUGCAAUACUGCGCAGACUCAGACAUUUCACAGGCCAGAGAGAAGAGUUUGAGGGAACCCGUGAGAGCCUCCUCGUCUGGCUGACUGAGAUUGAACUUCAGCUCACCGACAUGGAGCACUUCUCAGAGAGCCAUCAUCAAGACAGGAUGAAACAGCUGAAGAGUUUCAAGAAGGAAAUCACUCUGAACACCAACAAGAUCGAUGCUCUGAUCGUGUUUGGUGAGGGUUUGAUUCAAAGAAGUGCUCCUCUAGAUGCUGUUGUGAUAGAAGAUGAGUUAGAGGAACUGCACACAUACUGCCAAGAGGUGUUCGGCAGAGUGGCCCGAUUCCACCAGCGCCUCACCAGCCUCCGCCCGUUGCAGGAGCAUCCAGAUGUGUAUGACGGCGAGCGGUCCAGAGAGACACAGAGCCCUCCUUCCUCCAGUCAGCCCUCCAUGUGCCUGUUAUCUCCACCUCAGGAGCGUUCGGGACGUGAAACCCCCGUCAGCGUGGACUCUAUUCCUCUGGAGUGGGACCACACUGGGGACGUAGGCGGCUCUUCAUCACAUGAUGAGGAAGAGGAUGCUGCUUUCUUCUCAGCCCUGUCAGGACAGAUUUGGCACUUUCAAAACAUGCCAGAAAGGAAAUCCUUCCAGCUGGAGUCAUCUUCACCUACACACACCAGCACUCCUUUUAAACAAGGCUAUGUCCAGCUGAUGUCUGAGUGCAGCGGCAGCAUCAAGAGUGUGAAGAGGGUUUCUAUGAUCCUAGAUGAUGAAGAACAGCAGGAGGAACAAGGACUCACUGGCCUCAACACGGCAGACAAACAGUCAGGAGUGAUCGAGCGCUGGGAGCUGCUGCAGGCUCAAGCAGUGAGCAAAGAGCAGUGCAGAACCAGAGACCCCCAGCAACUGACUUCAGACCUGCAUGACAUCACUUCCUGGCUGGAUCGCAUCACUCUUGAGCUGGACACGCUGCAGAGACCUGAGACAUCAGCCAGUGUGGAGGUCUUAGAAGAGAGGGUCAAACAGCUAAAAGAAAUGCAGAAGACUUUUGGUCGCUACAAGACCAUGAUACUGUCUCUGAACUUAUGUGGCCGAGAGCUGCAGCAAGAGGCUUCUGGUGGAGCACCUGAGCUUCAAGAGGGCCUGCACAGCAUCAAUCACCGCUGGACGGAGGCAUGUGCUGGUCUCGAGGGGUGGGAGGACAGCCUACGUAACACCCUAGUGCGCUGUCAGGAGUUUCAUGAGAUGGUUCACUCUCUCCUGCUAUGGCUGGCCCAUGCAGAGAGCCGACGCUACGCCGUCAACAUGAAUGACGCCUCUGUGCAGCUGUCCACGCUUCAGGAACACACACAAACACUGAAGGAUCUGGCGGUGGAUCUUCAGGGCAGGCAGAAGCAGGUGUGCUCUCUGCAGGACAUCGCCUCUGAACUGCUCCCGGAGGCUGGAGGAGAGGACAGCACCGAAGCCAAAGAGAAACUCCACGUCAUCGGAAGCAAACUACGACUGCUGUCGCGUCAAGUCGAGCAGGACCUCCAGACCAUCCAGGAGAGACUGGGGUCCACAACUGAUGCUUCAGGAAAUCUGAAAUCCACAGAGUGCUCUCGAUGGAAUGGUGAGCCGUCUCCUCAGCGCUCGUUCUUCUACCGCGUGUUGCGAGCCGCUUUCCCUCUUCAUCUGCUGUUCCUCCUGCUGCUGGUUCUGGCCUGUUUGGUCCCGCUUUCCGAGGACGAUUACAGCUGCACUCUCUCCAAUAACUUUGCCCGCUCUUUCCACCCCAUGUUACGGUACACCAACGGCCCUCCUCCCACAUGAGUCCCACAUCAUCCAGUCGGACUCAAACAUGCACCUCACUUUUGUCCAAGCAAUAUUUUAACGGAUGUAUUUAUACGAUUGAUUUUAUACUAUUUAUUCCCCUCUAUGAGAGCCAUGCUACUGAGAAUUUGUUAACGUUACAAGUUUGAUGUGAUCUAAAUUUCCUUUGUCUCGUCAGGAUGCUGUAAAGAUGACAAAAGUCAAUCAUUUAAUGAACAUGAAUGUAUUUUCAAUUUAUUAUUAAUAUUAUUACUAUUAUGUUUUAUUAGAUUUAUGCGUUGGUUAAAGAUUAUACGAGUUUGGAAAACACUGUAUUAUAACUUUGGGAUUAUGUGGUCCCAUUUUUACAUUUUCUACACUAUGAAAGCCCCCCAAAAAUAAUGCUAAAGGCACAUUUAAAACAUUUUAAUUCACCCAAGUGUAAAUAACACAUUGUUACAUAUGCGUUGCAAAGUCGAACACAAAGACGUGUGUACAGAAAGUCAACUUUGAAAACAUUUUACAAAUUAAACAUUUGUUUUGUGUUUAAAAAUAAACAUUGUUUUCUUCAACUAAA